CUUCCUAGCUCACACACACACACAUACACAGUUGAUAUUUUCACAUCUUGAGCUCUAUAAAUUGUCUUCACAAAUUGCUUAUGCUUUAACUGUUAUUUUCAUCUAUACACACAUACAUAUAUUUACUGAUAAUAGUAAUAAGUAAUAAUGGCUAUGGAAGGUGAGUACAAUUCAUCAACUGAAGGUGGUCUACAAGAACACUCUUCUGCUUCACCUCACAAAUCUCAAUCUCCACCUCCUUCUCAUGACCAUGAGGAGAAUAAAAUAUCUGUCAAGUUCCUUCUAUCAAAUGCUGAAGCUGGUUCAAUUAUUGGAAAGGGCGGCUCGACAAUCAGUGACUUUCAGUCUCGUUCUGGGGCGAGAAUUCAGUUGUCACGCAACAACGAAUUUUUCCCUGGUACCAUGGAUAGGAUUGUAAUGGCGUCUGGGCCAAUUGAUGAUGUACUCAAGGCAGUUGAUCUUAUUCUUAAUAAACUACUAGAUGAGAGUUAUGUUGAAGAUGGUGGUGAUGCUGACCUGCGAUCAAAAGUUAGACUAGUUGUGCCCAACAGCUCUUGUGGUGGAAUUAUUGGGAAGGGAGGAGCUACGAUAAAGUCAUUUAUUGAAGACUCUCGGGCUGGCAUAAAAAUAUUACCUCAGGAUGAAAAUUUUCCAGGACUGCAUGAUAGGUUAGUAGUAGUGAUUGGAACUCUAGGGGAGCAGAUGCGGGCUAUUGAAUUGAUUCUAUAUAAGUUGGCUGAAGACACUCAUUAUAUACAGAACAUGAAUGCUCCUUUUCCCUAUGCAGCAGCUUAUGCUAACAUGAACUAUGGACCACCAAAUGGAGUAAUUGGAGGGAGAUUUCCAAAUAACAGAUAUCAGAACAUGGGCCAGUUUAAUUCUGAAGAUAGGAACAAUUCUGUUACUAUUGGUGUUGCUGAUGAGCGUAUUGGUUUAGUGCUUGGCCGGAACGGAAGGAGUGUAAUGGAGAUAAGUCAGGUAAGUGGAGCUAGAAUAAAGAUAUCAGAUAGGGGUGAUUUCAUGUCCGGUACUUCUGACAGGAAGGUGACUAUUACAGGAUCUCAAAGAGCGAUCAGCAUAGCCGAGUCAAUGAUAUCUAAGAAAGUAGCGACAGUUACUGAGACGCGAGAGGAUGGAUUUUGAUCUCUAAAUAUUUCGUUUGUGAUUUUCGUAAUGGAUAGCUGGAAUUUCUAAUUGCAUAUGGUGAUUUUGGAAGCAGUGCUUGAAUUUUGUUGAGUUUUGAAACCUUUGAAGCAAAAGCUUGAGGCAAUAGAACUAUUGGAAUUGAUUCAAUUGGCUGAAUAUAUGGUCAUUUUAUACAGUUGUAAUGUUUCAGAGGUAACAGAGUUGAGAAUUGUGAUUUUUAUUGGAUUGGUUCUAUGAAUUAUUUUUAUUCCUUUA